AUGGAUCAAAAGCAGAAUUCCAAACGUACUGCUGCCAGUGAGCCACAAAAUGUUCGCUAUGCUUCUAAUGCAGCUUCUAUAGUCCUUAUGGUUGGUCCCAAUUUUCGAGUUGGUAAAAAAAUUGGUUGUGGCAACUUUGGAGAACUCCGUUUAGGGAAAAACCUUUACAACAAUGAACAUGUAGCUAUUAAAAUGGAGCCUAUGAGGUCUAAGGCUCCACAAUUACAUUUGGAGUACAGAUUUUAUAAGUUACUUGGAUCUCAUGAAGGUAUACCAAAUGUGUAUUACUUUGGACCAUGCAGUAAGUACAAUGCUUUGGUUAUGGAACUUUUGGGGCCUAGUCUUGAAGAUUUGUUUGACAUGUGUGAAAGAAAGUUUUCAUUAAAAACUGUACUAAUGAUAGCAAUCCAGUUGUUGCACCGUAUUGAGUAUGUCCACUCCAGACACUUAAUUUACAGAGAUGUAAAGCCUGAAAACUUUUUAAUAGGUCGUACUAGCACAAAAAGGGAGAAAAUUAUUCAUAUCAUAGAUUUUGGUCUAGCCAAAGAGUAUAUAGAGCCUGAAACAAAUAAGCACAUACCUUAUAGAGAGCACAAAUCCCUUACAGGCACUGCCAGAUAUAUGUCUAUAAAUACCCAUUUAGGAAAAGAACAAUCUCGCAGAGAUGAUCUCGAAGCCUUAGGUCAUAUGUUUAUGUACUUUUUAAGAGGUUCUUUGCCAUGGCAAGGUUUAAAGGCUGAUACUUUAAAAGAGAGAUAUCAAAAAAUAGGAGAUACCAAAAGAGCUACAUCUAUAGAAUCACUUUGUGAUGGUCACCCAGAAGAAUUUUCUAUUUAUAUGAGAUAUGUUAGAAGGUUAGAUUUUUUUGAAACCCCUGAUUAUGAGUAUUUGAGGAAGUUGUUUACUACACUUUUUAAUAAAAAGACAUAUGUGGAAGAUGGAGAGUUUGAUUGGACAGGAAAAACUAUGAACACGUCAGUAGGUUCUCUAUCUACUACUGCUCAUGACAAGGUGACAUCGCCAAAGAAAGGUCUAACCAAAAAUGCAAAAGCAAAUGCUGGCCAUGUAUCCAGGAAACAGCAGCACUUAGGCAAUUUGACUCCAGCUGAGCGCCAUGAUUCAGUUCAAGUUUUAAGUUCUACAAAUAAUGAACUUAAUAUUGAUGACACUACUGCUCACAGCAGUGCACCAAUUGCUCAACCACAAGAAAUUGAAAUAUUUGAUGAGACUAAAUGUUGUUGCUUUUUUAAGAGAAAAAACAGAGGUGUAUCUAAACAGUGA